UCCAGAUUGGGAGCAAUUGUGUAUGACUGGUGACUGUCCAGAUGCAUGAAUGACUUGCAGGCAAGGGAGAUGAAGAGGGGUGGUGACACUCAACCCAAAGUAGAUGCUAUUUCCUUUUCAGGCUCCUCUGACCCCUAGCUUGGGAGGGGAAAAAAAGUUUUCUCCCCCUUCCUUCUCACUCUCCCACUUUCUUUCCCUCUCUCUUACACAAUCUCAUUUUAGAGGGUGUCUGCAAACUACAUGCAGACUUUCUGCAUCAAGUGUCAAGCGAGUAAGAAGAAAGUUCGUUCCCUCUGGGCUCUCCGUUGGACUUGGAGGAUUCACGGCGCUCAGAUGGAGUGAAAAAUCGCAUGGAAGGACUUUGGAAAGUCUAUGGAUAUGGCACACACAGUCAAAACUCCACUCAGGAGGUCUUUUAGCGAGCAUGUGAAGGAUUCCACUAACAAGGCUUGGGAUACAUUCUGGAAGAGCGCACGUGAGAAGCGACUCUCAGAGAUUGAAGCAAAGGAAGCUUGCGAUUGGCUUCAUGCGGCUGGCUUUCCUCAGUAUGCACAGUUAUUUACUGAUUGCUGUUUCCCUAUUGACAUAGAUUGGGUAAAGAGUGAUUACGAUUUUCUGGAUAAGGAUGCCUUAGAUUCUCUCUGCAGGAGAUUAAGUACCUUAAACAAGUCUGUGGAGAUGAAGCUGGAGUUGAGUCGCUCCAAAAGAAGGAGAGAUGAAGAGGAGGAAGAAGACCUCUAUGCCAUCAGCCCAAAAUGGACAUUCGACAGGAAGAGCAGGCGCUGGAUCCGGGAAGACGAUGGGGAGCUACCUCACACACUGAGGGGCCCCAUUUCAAAUUUGAGGAGAUCUGGAAGCUGUGAGGCCUCUCUUUCCGACAAUGGGGAAUGCCAUGAGCUUUGCUCCACUCAUAGUUCCAGUAAUAAUGACAGCGAUGGUGGAAGCGCUCCCAACAAAACGACAGAAGAACCUGAAACAAGCCGUAGCUCCUCUAGAUGCUCAUCAAACUACAAGCCCCAAUCUCCUGACACCUCCUCCAGUAGACCUCCAUCCCCAAGCGAACACCACACUUUGAGCAGUGAAGAGUUCCUUCCUGAAAAGCCCCCAUUAAAAAAAGGCAAAGGCCUACUUCGGAAAAUGGAGAAACUAAGAUUGAGAGGGAGCACACAACAGUCACAAUCUCACAGUGGUAAAGCCAGACUUGUCAUAAGUGGACCGAUUAUCCAAGAAGGCUUUGAUGAGGAAACAUUAAAGCAUCUUCAAUGUCUAGACCUAGCAAGUAUUCAGAAUAAAACUGAAAGUCCUGCAUCUUGCUCUCCUCCCUCUGGAUCCAGUAGUACCUCAGAAAGCAGCAGCGCAGUCAGCACGCCAAGCCCCGUGACUAAAGUACGCAGCAACUGCAAACGUCCUGGUGUUCUCAAACAAGAAGUUGAACAGGAACAAAUCAACACACAGCAUUUCAACAACAAGCAAGUCAAUCCUGUCUUUAAAAUCCCUCACGGACACAAGCCAGGAACAUUCCCAACGGUGCUCUCCCACAACAAUGCCUUCUUACCUAUCGACAACACUUCAGUCAACUGGAGGACCGGAAGCUUCCAUGGAUACCGAGGCAGGCGUUGUAAAAGCAAUAGUUCCAAGGACCAGGAACAAGCUUGCAGCCCGCUGGCUUCUUCCGAUCACCGUGUCAGCUUUUACGACAAUGUCCCAGAUCCCGUGCAGAUUUUGGACGAUGAUGUCUUCUCAGCUUUGGACAGCGUAAUGGAACGCAUUUGUGACCUACAGCAGUUGGUAACCUCUUGGACGGACAAGCUGUCAGAGGACGGGGAUUCCGAUUUUUCGCACUCGGGUUCUCCAUCGCCCUCCUCUCUGACUGACAUCCACCUUGAGAUCAAAGAGCCAGAAGAGACAGAUGAAGCUGCCCUAGAGGAGAUGUACAACAAAAGCCCAGAAGCAUUUGAAUGCACUGCUCAGCCUACAGAGCAUACUGAUCGAAUUCAGAGGCCCCACUGGUCCAGUGCACAGAUGCUUUCACUGAGCAGCCCCGGAACAGGCAUAGAGGCUAAAUCAGCAGCACAUGUCUCUAUGCUGCAAAGACUCAGCCUUCUCAGACUAACAGCUCUGAUGGACAAGCACUCACCCUUCAGCAAACAAGGCUGGAACUGGACUGUGCCAAAAUUAUACCGAAAGGUUAAACCUUCAGAACAUAAGAGCAGAAAAGUGUUUGAGGUGCCUUUGCUACAGAGUGUCCAGCAGUCGGGGAAGCCUUUGCCACCGAGCAUUUUGAGAGCAAUGGAGUUCUUAAGGACCAAGUGCUUAGAUCAGGUUGGGCUCUUUCGAAAGUCUGGGGUCAAGUCCCGCAUUCAGAAUUUAAGGGACAUGGUGGAAGCUGACCCAGAUGGCGUGUCCUUUGAAAAUCAGUCUGCUUUUGAUGUGGCAGACAUGGUGAAGCAAUAUUUCAGAGACCUGCCUGAACCCAUCUUUUCCAGCAAACUGUGCGAAAGCUUCCUGCACAUCUACCAAUACUUUCCCAAAGAUCAACAGUUUGUGGGGGUCCAAGCAGCCAUCUACCUCCUGCCUGAUGAGAACAGGGAGGCUCUUCAAAGCCUUCUGCUCUUCCUCCAAGAGGUGGUCGCCUGCGUGGAGGAAAACCAAAUGACCCCUACCAACAUCGCUGUGUGUUUGGCACCCUCCCUGUUCCAUCUCAACUCUUUUAAAAGAGACAGAACCAGCAUGAGGUCUAGACAACGGAAAUACAGCCUGGGAAGGCCAGACCAGAGGGAUCUAAGUGAGAAUCUGGCUGCAACACAGGGACUGUCACAUAUGGUUACUGAAUGCUCUCGCCUUUUCCAGAUACCGAAAUACUGGGAAACCCAUGGAGCAGGCAGCUUUAAAGAGGAUUCACAACAAAACGAUGCAGUCCCGAGUUCUGUAUCCCGCUCUGGAGAAAAUGAACUUCCAGACCGAGCCAGGCUAUUUCUACUCACUCAAAAACUCCUGAGAGAGGCCAGAGAUAAGUCUAAAGGCUGGACAUCCUGCUUAAGCUCGGACCAUGUGGAUGUGGCAGUUAAAAAGGUGGAUGAUGGCUACCCUCUGCGGCUGUGGAGAGGAACAACUGAAGUGGACGCUCCGCAGCAGGAGGUUUUCCAGCGCAUUUUAAGAGAACAGAGUCAGUGGCAAAGAGACCUGACGCACAGCGAAGUGGUGGAGACUCUGGAUAAGGAUGUGGAGGUGUAUCAUUAUACACUGCAGGCUGCUGGAGCCAGACCACCACUGCAGCAUGUGCUGUUAAGGACAUGGCAGUUGGACAGUUCCACUGGGCCCAUGUUUGUGUCGUCUACUUCUGUCCAACACACCGCUGUGGCUGUGAGAGGAGUCCAGGCACAAGUUUUCUGCAGCUUCUUUUUAAUCGAACCGCUGGGGUCAAAAAAGUCACGAGUCACACACCUCUGCCGGACAGACACAAGAGGCCGAACUCCAGAAUGGCAUCAUAAAGUAGAAGGACAUCUGGUUUCAUCAGUGCUGAUGGCAAUAAGAGACUCUUUUAGACACAAAACAAAAGACUCCAAAGCACAGUGAAGACUCCAAAGAGAAACAGAAUACAACCUGGACAACUUUUAAAAAUCCCCAAACAUCACCUCAAACAAAAAAAAGGAGAAAAAUGAGUGCUCAAACUCCAAAAAUCUGAGACCAUGAAGCAAAGUUCAAGUACCUCAGAGUUAUACGGGACUAUUUUAAUGCAAGGACCAUUCAGC